UUAUCGACUCUCACGAAGUAAAAAUCUUAUACACACCGGUUUUCAACUUCCUUUUCCGGUUAGGACCACUACAGAAAGUGGAAAGAUGAAGACUCUUUUAACAACACAGACAAUUGUUAUUCCUGAUGGGGUUGAUGUCAAUGUCAAGUCCAGGAAGGUGAUGGUAAAAGGUCCUAGAGGGUCUCUGUCUAGAACAUUCAAACAUUUGGCUGUUGAUAUCCAGAUGGAUGGCAAGAAGAAGAUCAAGGUCAUCAAGUGGUUUGGCAAGCGUAAGGAGUUGGCUGCUGUCAACACAGUCUGCAGUCACAUUCAAAACAUGUUCAAGGGUGUAACAAAGGGAUUUUUGUACAAGAUGAGAUCAGUGUAUGCCCAUUUCCCCAUCAACGUUUCAGUUUCUGAUGAUAAAAAGGCUGUUUCAAUUAGAAAUUUCUUGGGAGAGAAAUACACAAGACAUGUAAGCAUGUUGGAAGGUGUCUCCAUAAACAGUGCCCCAGGACAGAAAGAUGAAUUUCAUCUUGCAGGAAAUGACAUAGAAUUGGUGUCCAGAUCAGCUGCUCUUAUUCAACAGUCCACUUCUGUAAAGAACAAGGAUAUCAGAAAGUUCUUGGAUGGUAUCUACGUUUCUGAGAAAACUACAGUCGUGAAGGAUGAGGAUUAAACAUGGACUUUGUUGUAAAGAGAAAAAUAAAGAGAAAAAUUGCA